AUGCGUGGCUGCCAGAUGACUGGGCUGAGGCCAUCACUGGGCUUCAUCUUGGAUGAUGGCGGCCGCAUUGCGGAGGCAGCUUUCCGUGUUGGCCCGAGUCGUCCGGGCCUGAGUGCAUCUCUGCAGACCGGGGCCCUGCAGAUGCUGGCACACCUCUCCCGAUCCUUGCCGGCCGCCAAGACGGCCAGGAAGACCGUGGUCCCAGUAUCAAGUAGCAGGUCCACCUCCAAGGGCAAGAGCAACUCCAAGUCCCGAGUUGGAGGCGAAGCUCAGCACUUGGGCAUCCCGCACUCCUCCCGGCUGCACCCCGUUCUUCUGGAGAAGGGCGAUGCCGUGAGCUUGCAGGUGCAAGGAGUCAACGAGGAGGACCAGAUCAGCACCUGCCUGAAGGUGGCUGCCGAGGCCGAGUGCUCGCGGGUGAAGAUGGCCUUCCAGCAGAUGUGCCCCUACUUCGCCACUCUCAAGGCAGGGUCCCUGGUUCUCGAGGUUGGCUCCCGAUCCGGGGACGUGACCCUCAUGUUUGCCGAGCGCUUUCCGGACCUGUACAUUCAGCCCACCGAGGGAACGGGAGAAGCAUCCCCGGGCCUGUUCAUGCUCCUGCAGGAGCGCCUCAGCAUGGUGAGGAAGGAGCUCCCGAAGAAGAGGUUGAAAAGACGAGGCAACGCCUCGUCUGAGAAUGUCCCUCGAAGUCGCGUGCUCCCGCCUCGGUUCUUGGAUGGCGGACAGCAGAAAGGCUGGCGCUCGAAGAUCUCGGGCCAGGACAUCAACUGCAUCUUCUGCGUGAAUGUGCUACACUACGUGUCGCCGCAGGGCCUAGAGAACUUCAUGCAGGGCUGCAGUGACCAUCUGCCUGUGGGAGGCACGCUCCUUGUAUGCGGGCCAUUCUUCAACAAUGGCGAGGCGGCGGAGACGCUGCUGGUCUACGACGCGGCUCUCAGGGCCUUUGGGGAGACCUCAGACAGGAAGCUCCAGUGGGGCUGCCACGACGUGGUGCACCUGAAGACGAUGGGUGCCCAGGUCGGCCUUAGCUUCGUCGCGCAGGCGGAGACGGACGGCGUCGGGGGGCAUUGCUGGAUCCUCCUCGUCUUCUGCAAGGAAAGACGCUUACUCCUGGAAGCAUCCCGGCGGCGGAGGUCCUCCACCGUGCAAUCUGGCCUCUUCACCACUGGCUGA